UGCGAAAUUAAUGUCAGACGAGCCAACAACAACAAAGCGAUCGGACGUAAUCGGAAUAAUUUUUUUUGUUUUUUUUUUUGUUUUCGUCGAUUUUCUCCAGUCUUGUCGAUCGUUAUGUGAACAUUAGAAUAAGUCAUCGGCAAACCGAAUAGUUUGUAUAAUAUUAUCUUCGACACAAUACAAGUAACAAGCUGCGCGCGCGCCCGCCCCCCAGGCACAUCCGACGCGUCCGUCGAUAACCAAAUUUGGGAACUGUGAACCGUCCGGGAAGUCGAACGCAAAAUGUCGAGUGUCGCCAGUACCUUCAAACACGAUUACAUAGGCGGCGGAAAGUACCGUGUUGUCCGGAGACUCGGCAGUGGGUCUUUCGGCGAGAUAUUUCUCGGGCUUAAUGUUAUCAACGGCGAGGAGGUGGCAAUAAAAUUUGAAAGUGCAAAAGCUCGUCAUCCUCAGCUACAGUAUGAAAGCAGACUUUAUAAAGUAUUACAAGGAGGAGUUGGAAUACCACAUAUGAGAUGGUUUGGAUUAGAAAGGAACUACAACAUCUUAGUGAUGGACUUACUGGGUCCAUCAUUGGAAGACCUAUUUAAUUUUUGUUCACGGCGGUUUACACUUAAAACAGUGCUUAUGCUUGCCGAUCAAAUGAUCAGUCGUAUUGAGUAUGUACACUGUAAAAGCUUUAUUCACCGUGAUAUUAAACCAGACAACUUUCUUAUGGGAAUUGGACGUCAUUGCAAUAAAUUGUUUCUUAUUGAUUUUGGAUUGGCAAAAAAAUAUAGAGAUAUGCGUACAAGAACGCAUAUUUCAUACCGUGAAGAUAAAAAUCUUACAGGAACAGCCCGUUAUGCUUCUAUCAAUGCUCAUUUAGGAAUUGAACAGAGCCGUCGGGAUGAUAUUGAAUCCUUGGGAUAUGUACUUAUGUAUUUUAAUAAAGGAUGUUUGCCAUGGCAAGGAUUAAAGGCAGCGACAAAAAGGCAGAAAUAUGAGAAAAUUAGUGAGAAAAAAAUGUCAACACCUGUCGAAUUCCUAUGCAAGGGAUUGCCAGCAGAAUUCGCCAUGUUCCUAAACUACAGCCGAGGUUUAAGAUUUGAAGAAUCACCAGACUACAUGUAUUUGAGACAAUUAUUCCGCAUUCUAUUUAGAACAUUAAAUCACCAAUAUGAUUACAUAUUUGAUUGGACUAUGUUAAAACAAAAGGAGUACAAUAACGAUGGACAAAAUGUUGCUGUACCACAAGGCGGCUCACCUGUGCCUGGCGCGGCUGCAGCUGGAGGACCACAACCAUUUCCCCCACAGACUUCAGCUACCUUAGGUAAUCGCUAAAAUUUAAACUAAACAAUGGAUCCCUUAUCCCUUAACCCUCCUGGCCUCUCUUUAAAAUGCGAUUUUGUAUUAUUUUUUAUUUGCCGUCAUUAUAUAGCAUUAUAAAAAAAAAAAAAUAAUUAUAUAAAUCGCGCCUUCCUCUAUUUUGUGGAGUGGAGUGGCCAAAACUGAUAUACUCCCAUCUCUCUUUUUUAUUAUUAUUAUUAUUAUUAUUAUUAUUAUUAUUAUUAAUUCCUCUCAUUGACUUUUAUUAUAAU